UUCUAGCCAGCAGAGCUGAUAGCCGCGAGCAUGGGACUGCCUUAAACAACAGUCUAGUCUGUGCUUAGGUCUGGGUUGGAGAUGCCGAAGAAGCCCGUCGGUCGAAGACCUGCCAUUACCGACGACAUUUGGAAGCGUCUCAUUGCUCGCGCGACGCUUGAUGCUACUCACUGUCAGAUGCCCUAUAAACAGAUCGCCCAGCUGGAAGGCGUUACAGCUGGCCGGAAAGCGCUGGCAGCAGCGUUUAAGAAAGAAUCGUAUAGGCGCCGCGUGGCUACCUCUAAGCUGUGGCUAACAGAAGCGCAGAAACAGGUGCGCAUGGCGUAGGCAUCUGAGCAUGCAGACUGGAAGCUGGAGCAGUAGGCCUAGGUCGUCUGGACCGAUGAGUCCUCGUUCUUGACGGAAAGCUUCGGAAGGACCUAUGUUACUCGGCGGCUAGAAGAGAAGUACGACUAGGCUUGCUGUCUUCCCAAGCUGAGGACCUACGCUGCCUGGACGAUCCACAGCAGUAUCUCCGCGUUUGGGAAGGGCCCGGUUGUGGUGUUUAAGAAGGAAUGGGGCCAGCUCACUAGCUAAGUGUACAGAGAACGAGUGCUCCCUUAGGUGUACCAUUUUAUAGACUAGAUAGCGUAUCAUGC